AUGGAUGUCAAAACAGUCGCUGUCAUUGGUGCUGGCGUUAGUGGUGUUUCCUCUGCCAUACAUCUCCGAAACGCUGGAUUGGACGUAACAGUAUUCGAAAGAGGAGAUGUUUCUGGAGGUGUUUGGGUAUACGACCCUCGCACGGCCUUAGAACCAUCUUAUCCAGCGACCUUACCUUCGGUGGGAGAUUCACCUAUCUUUGAUUCUCUUCUCGAGUCCAAAGGUCGUAAAAUUCGCAGAGAUAGUCCUGUAGACCAUGACUAUCCCGCUUUGAAACCUCCUCCAAAUACCAAGGAGUUGGAGAUCUUGCAUGCGCCGCCCGGGCCAUGUUACCAAGGCCUUCACAACAACGUCUCUACUCCAGAGAUGGAAUUGCGUACCCACGAUUGGAAGCCAGAGACUCCUGAUUUUGUGCCUCAUGAUGUGUUGGCGACGUAUAUCCAAGACACAGCUGCUGCCAACAACAUCCUUCCGUUGAUCUCUUUUCGCACUCGCGUGACUAGGGUUGAGAAGAAAGGAGGGAAGUGGGAAGUCAGCACUGCAAAGUUGGUUGACGAAGAUGGUGAAAAGGAAGUUCGAGAAUCAGUACAGCUUUUCGAUGCGGUCAUAGUGGCAAGUGGACAUUACCACGCCCCCAACAUCCCCUCAUAUCCCAAUCUCAGCGCUUGGAAAACCGCUUUCCCAACACGCAUCUCGCAUUCAAAAUCCUAUCGCUCGCCUGCACUUUUCACAGGGAAGAAUGUCUUGGUGAUUGGUGCUGGAGUCUCGAGUACGGAUAUCUGCCGCGAGUUAGGUGGUGUUGCGAAUAAAGUCUGGCAAUCUAGUCGAGGUGGGGAGUAUGAUCUUCUGCCUUCGAUGUUACCGGGUAACUGUACUCGGAUUGGGGCUAUUGCUGGAUUCUCCCCGCUUAUCUCUAUUUCCGAACUUAGAGAUGAGGAUACACUCACAGGCAGCAUCGUCUUGGCCUCCAACGACACGAUCACCAACAUCCACCACAUCAUCCUCGCAACAGGCUACCACAUGUCCUAUCCAUUUCUAUCUCAUCUCCACGGCGAUGAUUUACUUCCCAACCAAGCUUCAGAAACCACACUCGUUACUACAGGACAAGUAACCCAUAACCUCCACAAAGACAUUUUCUACAUCCCAGACCCUACACUCGCAUUUAUAGGCGUCCCCUACCACGUCGCAACUUUUUCACUUUUCGAGUUUCAAGCAAUGGCUGUAGCUGCAAUAUUUGCUGGAUCUGCAAACCUACCGAGCGAGAAAGAGAUGAGGAAAGAGUAUGGAGAGAGGGUAAAGAGGAAGGGUGUAGGAAGGAAAUUGCAUUCUUUGAAAGAUGAUGAAGGUGAGAUUGUGUACGCGAGGGAGAUGAUGGCGAUUGUGAAUCAGGGGAGAAAAGAAGAGGAUAAAGUGGAAGGGCAUACGAAAGAGUGGUUUGAGGCUUAUCGGAGGAGGUUGGUGAGGAUGCAGGAGAGAAGAGGGUGGACAUCGACAAGGAAAGAGGGUGUUAUUUCUAUAGAUGGCACCAAACGGAACACAGGAGAUAGAUGA